AUGAAUUAUAGUCAACUAAGAAAAGAAAAUAUCACAUUCCUGAUUUUGAAGUGUCAGAUUAGUUCAUCAGUCAUAGAAAUAAGAAGUGUUAACCUGAUUAAUUAUGAUGCCCCUAUGGCGUCAUACAGGAGGAGGAUACGAGAAGAUGGAACCAAAGAAGCUCAGAAUAGUAGCAAUGCUACAAAUUUUUACGGGGAAAGAAAAAGUAGUUAG